UUAACACUUUUUGUGCCAAUAGAUGCUACGUUUGGAAGUGGAGAACAUGCGAAAGAGGAUUACUUUUUUAGAAAAAACAUACAAACAUAUGAUUGGUGAAGAUUUGGAAUCGUCAAAUUUUAAGGAGCUGCAAUGUCUUGAGAAGCACAUGAGUUUGGGUGCUAGAAGGAUAUGGACCAGAAAGGAAAAAAUGUCACUAGAGCAUAUUCGAUCUCUAAAAAUGAAGGCAAAAUCACUUAUAGUAGAAAACGCUAAUCUGUUUAAAAAGAUUGGUAGAAGUCGCACGGAAUGGUACCUUAAUAAUGACAUCAUGGAAGGAGUCAAUAGUAGUUUGGAAACAGAUGCUGUAAAUCACCAAGAUCUGCCUCAGACUAAUCUCAAUCUCGCCCUCUCAUGAAUUCAAGGGGUCUCUAUGGUCAAAGUGUUUUUUCUUGAACUUAUUUCAGGCACAGUGAAGUUCCAACAGUAUUCAAACAGAUCAUAUAAAUUAAGAAGUCAAGUAUUCCAUUAAUGUUCCUAGACUCGCACCUCUCACUUUCUUUGUUGUCUAUGCUAUGAUUUGAGCUUGACGCUUAAUUUUUUAACAUUAAUUUUACCAAAUAGAAAAUAACUUCUAGAUUGAAAUAGUAUACAAAGUUAAAUAACAGAGCGCCUUAUGUUAUCUUUAAUGUAAAGAACAGAAUCUGGAACAUUCAACAAACCACAACCCAUCAAAGUUUCCUUAAAUUGUUUUUCUCCAUUACAAAUUUUUAGCAGUUUACAUUUCCCAAAUAAUAAUUCAGGAAAACUUUUGAUUCAA